UCUCCCAACUCAUCUCUGAUAUUACCUGAUUUUACCUACUGAAGAUUUGGUGCUACUUUUUACACCCAGGGUUGGGUAACUCUUUGGGUGACUCCAGCGGAAUGCGGAGGAUCAAGCAUCAUCCUGCCGAAAGUACCGGUUUGUAUACUUCGAAAGAACGGAGCUUUUCAGCACAGACGAUUCGCCAUGGAAAACCAUUCCGGCCGUGUUAGUCACAAUCAAAACGCUAGAGACCCUGAGGAGAUGAUGAUGGUGCUCGAUAAUCAAAUAAAACAUUACUCCGAUCACAAGAGGCGAGAAGAAGAGUUCGUUCUGGCAUCGGACUCAAAAGACGGCCUCUUUAACCCUAGAGCUCUAUUCUUCUUAACGCUGUGGUACAUUUUUAGUGGGUGUACUCUUUUUUUGAACAAGUAUAUAUUGUCUUAUAUGGAAGGCGAUCUUACGAUAUUGGGAGCCUGUCAGAUGUUGAUGACAGCGAUUUGUGGCUUUAUACAAAUGUACUUUCCUUGCGGCAUGUACCGAGCCAGUUCUCGAUUGAUGAGGCCACCUGGAUUUUAUAAGCACAUGAUGCUGGUUGGCUGUACAAGAUUUACUACCGUUGUACUAGGACUAGUAGCACUUAAUUACGUAGCGGUUAGUUUUACGGAGACUAUUAAAAGUAGCGCGCCACUGUUUACCGUCCUAAUUAGCAGAUAUUUACUAGGUGAACAUACCGGAUUGUACGUAAAUUUAUCUCUAAUCCCUGUAAUGGGAGGUCUAGCUCUCUGUUCGGCUAAUGAAAUAAGUUUUGACCUUCGUGGUUUCAUAGCUGCUAUGGCUACAAAUUUAACAGAGUGUUUACAGAACGUAUAUUCAAAGAUGUUAAUCAGUGGUGAAAGUUUUAAGUACACGCCCGCGGAGUUACAGUUUUAUACGAGUUUAGCUUCCGUAGUUGUACAAAUCCCAGUGUCCUUAUUGCUGGUUGAUUUGCCUACAUUUCAGCAUUCCUUGAGUUUCAAACUCUUCUCGGCAUUCCUUUUGAACGGAGUGUUCUUUCAUUUCCAAAGCAUCACUGCUUAUGUUCUUAUGGACUAUAUUAGCCCCGUUACGCACAGCGUUGCGAAUACAGCAAAGAGGGCUUUUCUAAUUUGGCUGUCCGUAUUAUUAUUUAACAAUCCAGUAACUGGUUUAUCGGCCUUGGGUACUUCUUUAGUAAUUGCUGGAGUGUUACUAUAUAAUCGGGCUCAGGAAUAUGACCGAAUACAAACAGCAAAACUGAGAUACACUUCUAAAAUUAAUUUACAGUGAUAUCUAAGCUACAGAAAAUUUUUAUACACCAGACUUAAUUACACCUGCCAAAUAAGAGUCUAAAUUUAACUAAUUCGUUUUCUCUUGAUCGUCAUUAACAAACGUAAAGUCCGUACAGUGCUCAAUUUUCAUGGAGCAUGGCCAAACGAUUUAAGUAUUACUGUUGAUUCAUGAAGUAUGUAAACUCCAUCUUUUUCUACGAUCCUAGGCGAACAUAAGCACUCAGCAUUCCGACACAAGAUUGAAAGAUACCGAUUCCGUUAAUUCCACCCUGCUUCCACUUGAACCGAAAACUCAAAUAACAUUUGUAAACAUUGUUAACUGAGGCGUAGUGUAAAUGCAAUGACAUCGUAAACAAGUGCGUAUGAGAAAUUGCGAGAGAAAAUUCUUUGAACACUCUCUGCAGUUCACAAUAGACAUAUCAAGUGUACGAUGUGUAAAAUUUAAAGAUUACUGAAAAUGCAAUGUCGAUAUCUUUUGUAAAUAUUUCUACCAACAAGUUUCGGUGCAGAACCGUCUGCAAAUAUUCAACUGUACAGAUGUGUGUGUGUGUGUACAUACAUUCGUUCGUAUGUAUCAUGCCGCAUAAUAUCGCGAAUGCGUGCACAUAGUAUUUAUCAAAGAUGAGAAAUGUCUAUUUAUCCGUUGCUCCCAGUAAACAAUGUACCUCGACGAAACUCUAACCGAUGGAUAUCGUACAAUAAAUUAUAUACGUAAUUUAUUUAAAUUAUAUAUUCUCCGUAU